AUGGCUCUCUUAGACCAUGUCACUGGCUUGGCUGGCAGUGCUUCGGAGACUCCAAUCGCUCUGAUUGUUGCGGGAGUGGUGCUUUACCUCUCCUACUUUGUCAUCAGCGAUAUCCGACAAUGGUGGAAGCUCCGUCACAUCCCCGGCCCCUUCCUGUCCUCGUUCACCAGGUUCCCUCUGGUGAAGUGUGCCUGGAACGGAAGGAUGGCGUAUGACUAUCAUGCUUUGCAGAAGCAAUAUGGCCCCCUCUUCCGCAUCGCCCCCGACACACUCAUGUACGGCGACGCGGACACCGCGCGCGUAGUCAACGCCGUCCGCGGUGGCUUCAACAAGGCGUGGUGGUACCAGGGCAGCAAGCACCUGAAGGACGUGCACAACCUGUUCUCCAUGACCAACGAGCAAGACCGGAAAGUGUUGAGGGAAAAGCUUGCCAAGGGUUACACCUACGGCAAAGACAACGGAAUCUUUGAGCGCCGCGUCGACAACAACCUCGAGCGAUGGAUCAACCUUAUCGAGCGCAAGUACAUCUCCACCGACACCGAACUGCGGCCCAUGGAGCUCGCCCACAAGGCCCAGUACUUCACCAUUGACGUGAUGACGGAGCUCAACAGCUCCGAAGCCUCGGGUUAUCUGGAACAGGACAAGGACGUGGACGGUUUCAUCGAGGUCAAUGACAAGUUUGUGCCGUGGGUGCCGACGCUGAUGGCCUAUCCUGCCAUCAACACGAUUUUGAGGUCCUGGCCUUUCAGUGCGCUGCUGGGGAGUGACGGAGAUGAGGUUGGGUUUGGGAGGAUGAUUGGGGUAACGAGCAAGCGCAUCCAGAAACGUCUCGAUGCUCUCGAGAAGGACAAAUACGCCGGACGAGGAGACGACAUGAUGCAAGCUUUCAUCGACUCUGGACUCACCCGCGACGAGCUUCUCGCCGAGAUCAUGCUCGAGUUCCCCGCCGGCUCCGACUCAACCUCCAACGCCAUCCGCCUCACCAUGCUCCAACUGAUCACCAACCCUCCCGCCCUCGCCGCCCUCCGCCACGAAAUCGACACCGCCACCGACCACGGCCGCAUCUCCUCCCCCAUCACCAACGCCGAAGCCAUGCACCUUCCCUACCUCCAAGCCGUCAUCCGCGAAGGUCUGCGUCUCUACCCACCCGCCACGGGCACCAUGCCCAAAUGCGUUCCCAAGGGCGGCCUCACCAUCCACGGAUACUACGUGCCCGAGGGUACACAGAUGGCGUUCAACAUUAUGCAUCUAUGCCGCGACAAGGAGGUGUUUGGCGAGGAUGCGCACAUCUUUAAUCCUGAUCGGUGGAUUUCAGCGGCCAGGGAGGAUGAGGCGAGAUAUGCGCGCAUGUGCAGGACGGCGGAUUUGAUCUUUGGAAAUGGAAAGUAUGAGUGUAUUGGAAAGCACAUUGCGUUUUUGGAGUUGAACAAGGUUUUUGUUGAGCUGCUGAGACGCUACGAUAUGGCACCGAUCGAUGCUUCGAAGCCGUUGAAGGUUCACGACUUUGCUUUUUGGCUGGUGGAGGACUUUUGGCUGAAGGUUACCCGGAGGAGGAAGACUGCGGUUUGA